GGAGCGCACCGAGGACACAUCAAGAAACGUCCCAAGGAUCAUCUAGACGUGCGACUGCAGCUACCAAAGAUGUCUGACACCAUCGAGGAGAAGAUCAAGAACUACAGGACGGUGCCCUUCGACGCCCGCUUCCCGAACACCAACCAGACCCGCAACUGUUUUCAGAACUACCUGGACUUCCACAGGUGCAAUAAGGCCCUGUCAGCCAAAGACCAGGAUGUGGCUCCCUGUGAUUGGUACAAGAGGGUCUACAAGUGCCUCUGCCCUAUGAGCUGGGUUUCCAAAUGGGACUGA